AUGUCGCCCACACACACCAUGUCCGCCCACCUCUGCAGAGAGAUUUUCUCUGCGUGGCGUCAAGACCACACCGGCAGCACCUCCCCUGAGCCCCAUGCUACCGGCCUCAGCCCGCUGCCAUCGCCCACCAACUCGUCCGUCUUCUCGGGCUACUUCCAGCGAUCGCCGUCCCCUGAGCAACACAAGCGGUCCAUGGACAGCGACCGCUCGUCGUCUUCCAACUGGCGAUGGAACAACAAGGACAGUUCUCGCUAA